AUGGCGUCCAUCACAGUCCACAACUCGUUGAAGCCCGGCCCGCCGGUGCCCUUCGUGCCGAGGGAGGAAGGCAAGGUUUCGUGGUAUGCUUGCGGACCAACAACCUACGAUCUGAGCCACCUCGGUCACGCUCGCAACUAUGUGUCGACCGACAUCAUCCGCCGCAUCCUAAUGCAUCACUUUGGCUUCAAGGUCAACUUUGUGAUCAUCAUCAAAGCCAGGAGGAAACGGCUUCUCGAACUCGAAAAGGAGAAGCCGUACACGGCGGAACAAGUGCGUGAGCUUGUGUUCAAGGCAUUUCAGGCGUAUGCAGCGAGCAACCUUCCCCUCCUGACCGGGGCGGACUUGCCCGCACUAGACGAACACAGCUACCUCCAACGGAGAGACGCCGCGUAUGGUAGCGUCCUGGCGGGCGGCACCCUAUCAGGAGAGGGCAAGCCGGGCGACGCCGAGGCGAAGGUGAAAAUGCACCUGAGCAACAUGGACUCCGCGGCGAAGUCCUUGCGCGAUGGGUCUGGGUUCGAUGGCGCCGAAGAGGUCCUUCUUCCAUAUCUUGAUUCCCUGUACAAGGAGACGAUCGACACCAGCGACCAAACCAUCUUUACCGACCUCACGCAAGCCAUGGAGAAGGCCUUCAACGAUGACAUGGCAGCUUUGAAUGUGCUGCCGCCGGACGCCGUGACCCGAGUCACAGAGUAUGUGCCGCAGAUCGUCGCCUUUGUCCAGAAGAUCAUCGACAAAGGAUUUGCGUACGAGGCCAACGGCUCAGUGUACUUCGACAUUGCGGCAUUCGAGAAGGCUGGCAACACGUAUGCUCGUCUCCGGCCCGAGAGCAGAAAUGACAAGGCGCUGCAAGAGGAGGGCGAAGGGUCGCUGUCCAAGAGCUUGGAAGGAAAGAAGCGACCCGGCGACUUUGCCUUGUGGAAGAAGUCGAAACCCGGCGAGCCGUAUUGGCCCAGUCCCUGGGGCGCAGGUCGCCCCGGCUGGCAUAUUGAGUGCUCCGUCAUGGCCUCAGACAAGCUUGGCCAACAGAUGGACAUCCAUUCAGGUGGCAUCGACCUGGCUUUCCCUCACCACGACAACGAACUGGCGCAGAGCGAGGCCUACUUCCACGAGUGCGGCAAAGGCGAGCACACCUGGGUCAACUAUUUCCUGCACAUGGGCCAUCUUUCGAUCGCAGGCAGCAAAAUGUCCAAGAGUUUGAAAAACUUCCAGACGAUCCAAGACGCCUUGGCCACGACGUACACUGCCCGUAACAUGCGUAUUGUGUUCCUAAUGGGACGGUGGAACGAUGGUGUCGAGAUCUCGCAGGACAUGCGGAAGCAGGCAGAUAACUGGGAGAACACCGUGGAUAACUUCUUCACAAAUAUCAAAGCAAAACUGGCGGCGGCUGGACCAACAGUCGACGGAAUCAAGGAUCUGUCGCUGGAGGAUAGCAGAGCCAGGGGGUUGAUCGAAGAGCUGGAACAGGCCAAGAAGGAUGUCGACGCGGCGCUGCGCAACUCUUUCGAUACGCCCGGCGCCAUGCAAGUCAUCCUCCGGCUCGUCAGAGACGCCAACAUCUACAUGAACGACAAGUCCGGCGAGCCCAGUCUGCAGGCCCUGGAGGCGGUCGCUCGGUGGGUCACAAAGAUCGUCGGCAUCUUCGGUCUCGACGCCAGCGCACAGCCCCCAUACGAUGGUCUUGGCUGGGCGGCUGCUGGCGCCGCUUCUACCGCCAACUUGGACCCCCGAGCGGCUGUCCAGCCUUACGCAGCGGCGUACGCCAAGGUCAAGGCGGAUGUUCAAGCGCUAAACCUAACCGAGGCUUCGGUCCAGAACCUGCUCGAGCAACAAAAUCCAGAGGCUGAGUUCGCCGAGCUGGAGAAGAGCGGGGAGCGGGACAUCGAGAAGCUGGCGCUACCGUAUCUGCGGGCGACCUCGCGUCUGCGUGACGAAUUGCGAGCCAUCGCCGCAGGCCUCGAGCCCCAGGCGAAGAAGGCUGUACUGGCGCUGAGCGACCGGAUCCGCGACUACGAUCUCACUGAUUUGGGCGUGCAGCUAGACGACCAGGCCGACAAGCCCAGCCUGAUCAAGUUUGUCCCUGCUGCCAAACUGGUCGCUGCGCGGGAAGAGAAGGCUGCGCUGCUGGCCGAGAAAGCGAGGCAGAAGGAAGAGGCACGGAAAGCGAGGGAGAAGGCUGAGGAGGAGAAGUGGGCCAAGGCCAAGGUGCCUCCCCAGGAGAUGUUCAAGGGCGAUGCGAAGUACCUGGAGUGGGACGCCGAUGGGCUGCCGACCAAGCUGGCGGACGGCAGCGAGGUACCCAAGAGCCAGGCGAAAAAGCUGAAGAAAGACUGGGACAGGCAGAAGAAGUUGCACGACGAGUACCUGGCCAAGUUUGGUGCGAGUGCUUGA